GCAGUGUCUCUCUGCAUGACUUUCAUGUGUACUCUGUGUGCGAAACACCGGUCAGCACCGCACGGACGUGCCAGGCGCUGCGGCGGGAGGAGUGGACCGCCGGUGCUACAGGGGGCGCUGGCCUUGAGCCGGCACUGGCGCCUGCUCCAGCCGCCGUGCUGGGGUCGGCGGUCACAGCUGCUGUUGUUGCCAGUUCUGAGAGCAGGACAAAGAGGAUGUGAAACUUCCUGCAUAUUAAAAAAACAAUUUCUCUUGCAGAACCUGUCAAUAAUUGCAAUGAUUCUUCUUCAGUUUACCACCAGGAGGUUUGUUUCACAGGUGUCCCAUUGCCUGAAGCAAUCUUCCAAGCUGCAGACAAUUAAACUUGAAAUGAUGCGCCCAAGUUCAGAUUUGGCUGAAUUUCGGGAAAUCUUUGCAAAAGCCAAGCAUAUAACAAUAAUUACAGGUGCAGGAGCUAGUGCUGAGAGUGGAGUCCCUACCUUCCGUGGAGCAGGUGGUUUCUGGAGAAAAUGGCAAGCCCAGGAUUUGGCUACCCCAGAAGCAUUUUCACGAAAUCCUUCUCGAGUAUGGGAAUUUUAUCACUACCGUCGUGAACUGAUGUUGAGCAAAAAUCCAAAUUCUGCGCACAUUGCUAUUGCUGAAUGUGAAGCUAGACUGAGCAAGCAAGGCCGAAAAGUUGUAGUUAUCACACAGAACAUUGAUGAGCUUCACAAAAGAGCAGGAUCCAAAAAUAUUUAUGAAAUUCAUGGCAGUUUAUUCAAAACACGCUGCACGAGCUGUAAAAAUGUAUCAGAGAAUUACAGGAGUCCUAUCUGUCCGGCCUUAGCUGGAAAAGGUGCACCAGAUCCUGAUACAGAAGAUGCCAGAAUCCCAGUUGAGAACCUUCCCAGAUGUGAAGAGAUGGGUUGCAAUGGUCUGCUUCGUCCGCACGUCGUGUGGUUUGGAGAGACUCUAGAUUCAGAUGUCCUGAUGGAAGUGAACAAGGAACUAGAGAUUUGUGACCUUUGUCUUUUGGUUGGAACUUCAUCAAUCGUCUAUCCAGCAGCAUUGUUUGCUCCCCAGGUAGCUGCAAGGGGUGUGCCAGUUGCAGAGUUCAACACUCAAACCUCAAAUGCCACCACAAAAUUCAGAUUUUAUUUUAAAGGUCCGUGUGGAACAACACUACCACCAGCACUGGCUCGUCAUGAAAGUGAAGUUAUUUUUUAAGGAAAUUACACAAAUAUUCACAAUUAGGCAAUGAACAAUUCAUGAGUCAUAUUUUAAGAUUAAGCACUUUAACAAAUUGUGGUGUUUUCAAUAAUAAGAAAUGACUACCACUGAUUCAUUUACAAUGUUCAGUGAAACUAAAGAGUAAAUAAUUAACAACACAAUUCUUAACUGGUUUAAUCUAGGAUUUAUAAAGUUGUUUCUGAUGACUCCUGUCAGAUGAUUAGUGCUACCAGAAUCAUUGUACGCAUUAGCAAAUUUCUCCAUAAUAAAACAACUGAAAUUGUUGGUGGUCCUAUUUUUGUCUUUACAAAUGGAACACUGCUACAUAUGAAAACAUCAUCUAAGCUUGUCUGCAAUUCAUGUUUCAAAGCAGCAAGUCCUCAGCUGCCCCAGUUGGAUACUCUUGAGCAAAAACAUUUCUUUGUGUUUAUAAAUUUCAGGUAAAGCCCUCCCCACCAUUGAGCACAUCUACAUGAAAUGUCGCAGGAAAGUAGCAUCCAUCACAGAGACCCCUGCCAGUCAGGACAUGCUUUCUUGUUGUGCUAUCAGGAAGAAGGUUACAGGAGUCUCAGGACUCACACCACCAGCUUUAGGAACAGUUAUUACCCCUCAACCAUCAGGCUCUUGAACCAGAAGGAAUAAUUUCACUCAACUUCACUUGCCCCAUCAUUGGAAUGUCCCCACAACUUACUAAUAAUAAGUGAAUAAGCAAGAAAUAUAUUUUAUUUUUCUCUUUGUGUUUGCAGAGUUUGUUUUCUUUUGCACAGUGGUUGUCCGUUCUGUUGGGUGUGGUCUUUCAUUGUUUCUAUUGCGUUUUUUGGAUUUACUGUGUAUGAAAGAAAAUUAGUCUCAGGGUUAUAUGUAUAUGGUGACAUGUAUGUAUUUUAAUAAUAAACUUGCUUUGAACAUUGAA